CGCAGGCGCGCAGGGCGCCCCGGCUCAGGAGCAUAAACAAGAGCGGGGACGGGAUGAGCCGGCGGUUGGUCCCCGAGGAGCGAGCUUCGGCGAUUGAGGCGGCGAGCGGGGCCCGGCGCUGACCCUGAGCGCACCCGCCCUACCCUCCCGCGCACGCGUCCCCUGCUGGGGCCAUCCGCUCUUUUACCCACCGCGCGCCACCAUGAACCUGGCUAGUCAGAGCGGCGAGGCCGGCGCCGGCCAGCUGCUCUUCGCCAACUUCAACCAAGACAACACAAAUGGCGUAAAUGAAGAGGAUUGGCUCAGGAUGUUUGAGGAGCAGCCCAGCUGCACUCUCUGCCGUGGUGGAGGACGCAGGCCUUGUCUCGAGAGGGCGCAGCAGGGCCUUCAGAUGCUGACACCACGCCUGGAUGAAGGCAGGGUUUGGAAGUGGAAUGGGGGGUCCCUAGCUGUUGGUAGUAAGUCCGGUUAUAAAUUUUUCUCCCUUUCUUCUGUGGAUAAGCUGGAACAGAUCUAUGAAUGCACUGAUACUGAAGAUGUGUGCAUCGUGGAAAGAUUGUUCUCAAGCAGCUUAGUGGCCAUUGUGAGCCUCAAAGCUCCUAGGAAGCUAAAAGUCUGCCACUUUAAGAAAGGCACGGAGAUCUGCAACUACAGCUACUCCAAUACCAUCCUGGCCGUGAGGCUCAACCGGCAGAGGCUGAUAGUGUGCUUGGAGGAGUCUCUCUACAUACACAAUAUUCGGGACAUGAAAGUGCUGCAUACGAUCCGGGAGACACCCCCAAACCCUGCAGGCUUGUGUGCACUAUCCAUAAACAACGACAACUGUUACCUGGCAUAUCCAGGCAGUGCAACCAUUGGAGAGGUGCAGGUCUUCGACACCAUUAACCUGAGAGCUGCCAACAUGAUCCCGGCUCAUGACAGUCCUUUAGCAGCACUGGCCUUCGAUGCCACUGGAACCAAGCUUGCCACUGCAUCUGAGAAGGGGACUGUGAUUAGAGUAUUUUCCAUUCCAGAGGGACAAAAACUCUUUGAGUUCCGGAGAGGAGUUAAGAGGUGUGUGAGCAUCUGCUCCUUGGCCUUCAGCAUGGACAGCAUGUUCCUCUCGGCCUCCAGCAACACUGAGACUGUGCACAUCUUCAAGCUCGAAACUGUGAAAGAAAAGCCUCAGGAGGAGCCCACCACCUGGACCGGGUACUUCGGGAAAGUGCUCAUGGCCUCCACCAGCUACCUGCCAUCCCAAGUGACAGAAAUGUUCACCCAGGGCCGAGCCUUUGCCACAGUCCGCCUGCCCUUCUGUGGCCACAAAAAUAUCUGUUCGCUGGCAACAAUUCAAAAGAUUCCCCGAUUACUGGUGGGAGCUUCCGACGGGUACUUAUACAUGUACAACCUGGACCCCCAGGAAGGGGGCGAGUGCACCCUCAUGAAGCAGCACAAGUUGGAUGGAAGCAUGGAGACGACCAACGAGAUCUUAGACUCUGCCUCGCGGGACUGUCCCUUAGUGACCCAGGCCUACGGCAUAGCUGCUGCCAGAGGGGCUCAUGUGCCUUCGUCUCCGACGAGGCUCGCCCACGCAGAUGAGCUGGGGGCAGCAGGUGGCGCUUGUCUGGAAGAUGAGGCCAGCGCCCUGCGGCUGGAGGAGGACAGCGAGCAUCCUCCCAUGAUUCUGCGAACAGAUUGAACUUGACCUGUGAACUCUGGCCCCUGGAGCAGAGAACGCUGGCUUGACAGAGGACUUCGUGUUAUGCUGCUAUGAACUCUGACCUGAGUUGAGGGAGAAGGUGGCAGAGACUCUGAAAGAAAAAAAAAGAUAGUAGCUGCAGUCUCAUUCCAUACUGUUGAGAAAUACAUUGUUUCCACUUCAGUAGCUUUUAAUCCUGCUUAUGAAUUUUAGCUUUCUGUUUAUUUUCUUUUUGCCAAAAUUAACUGUUCGGUGAAACCCUUGGACAUCCUUGCUUUGCAUGCAUCAAUGUGCCAAGCCAGCCUAGGAGAGCUAGAAGCCACUUCACAGCAGACUGCAGUUGUUGGGUUUUUUAAAUCUGUACAUAGUGAGGAGCGCGCACAAGGAGAAGGCGGCGUCAGGCAGAGCGGUUCUGGCCAGUGCAGCUCUGCUCCGGCGGGUCCAAGAGCCCCUCCCAGGGCUGGCCCGGGCUGGGGCAGGCAUCAGCCUGGGGGAAGGGCCCCCUCUGCCCAGAGCCCUUCCUGGGCCCUGUUCCCCAUUUUAUUUUGUUAAUUAAAUUCUUUCCAAAUUGGA